AUGAAAGAAGUGGUUGAGCUGCCUUUACCUGCAUUGAUUGUUAUUACUCUUCUUUUAUCAUUUGGAUCUGCAUUAUUUUCUGGUCUAACUUUAGGAAUGAUGACACAAGAUCUUUUGCAUUUGAAAAUAUCCUCCUCUUCAAAAACGGAUAAGAACGCUGCAUACUAUGCAAAAAAGCUGUUGCCUCUCAGAAAAAAUGGAAAUUUUCUUUUAGUUACUUUAUUAUUUGGUAAUGUCACAGUUAAUACAGGUUUGUCCAUCUUAAUUUCAGAAUUAACUUCAGGUUGGCUAGCUUUUACUGUUUCUACAAUUCUGAUCAUGAUCUUUGGUGAAAUCAUUCCACAAGCUAUCUGUUCCAGGUAUGGUCUUUACAUUGGAGGAUUUUUUUCUCCUUUUAUAAAACUUAUUCAAGUCAUUUUAUUUCCACUUCUAAAACCUAUCUCGGUUAUUCUUGAUAAAGCUGUUGGUAAGUCUAACGAAAAGGUAUAUACUAGAGAUGAAUUAUAUACAUUGUUGGAACAUCAUUCAAAUAAAGGGAUUAUCUCAGUUUAUGAGCUUGAACUUAUAAAAAGAAUCGUCUUUUCAAAUUCUUCAGUAUCUGAUAUUAUGACUCAAAUUGAUGAAUUUCAAAUCUACUAUGUUGAUUCUCAGCUUGAACCUAAUCAAAUUGAUGAAUUUAUUAGAAAUGGGAUCUCAAGACUUUAUAUUAUUGACAACCAUUCCACAUACUCUGAAUUUUUCAUAGAUAAUACCCAACCAUGUUUAUCUUAUUCAAAAAAAAAUGACAUCAUAUUUUUAGAUAUCCCCACUACUGAUAACAAACCCGGUUCUAAUGAAUAUCCAGAUUCCCCAAUCACAUCAGAAACUUAUGAUUCUGACUGCUCUAUAUAUAAUUAUCCACAUUCAAAAAGUGGUACUAUAUUGGGUUACAUAGACUUAAUUCAACUGUCAGAACAAAACAAAACAUUUCAAAGUAACUCAAAUAAUAUAAAUCAGAUUUCAACAAUUAUCAAUACAAAGAGCUUUAAAAGAUUGACCAAUAUUGUCAUUUCCAAUAAAAUGAUGGAAAUAUUAAGAAACAAAGAUACUAUGUCAAUACUGAGUAACAUCUCUAGUAUUAAAGAUAAAAUUAUCUGUAUCCAAGGGACAACGCCAAUUUCAGCCUUAUUUGACAUGCUUUAUCAAUACAAUUUUUCACAAAAAGAUGUAAUUGUCAUUUACUCGUCGGUAGGAGAUGGAUACAAAAUAAGAUAUGACGGAGUAAUCACUCUAGCAGUACUAUAUGAAUACAUGCUCUCUAGUGAAAAAUACGUUGUAAACGAACUAAAAGAGGAUAUAUGCAACAAUCCAUUGUUAAGACAUCAACAUCCGAAUUAUCAGGCUACAUUUAAUUAA